AGCAAAACUUACUUUCCCCCGUUUUUUGAUUGCCCGCUCGUUCUGACUCUUCGAUCUAACGAAGAAAUGUUAUUCUUAUCUGAAUUUUGCCCCGCAAUUCCCCUGAAUCCAAUCCAAAAAGCAGUGAAAACACCAAAUUUUGUUUCAUUUCACUGGACUAGUUAACCAACCACGAGGGCUACUAACUCUCUCUCUUUGAUCCUUUGAGGGUUUGUUUCAAUUUUAGGGUUUUAGGGGAAAAACUCAGAUUUUUGGUUGUUUGAUUGGUAGUUUCUAUGGAGACGGAAACCCCAGACGAGAACAAGCCGAUGGGAGAAGAGAAGGAGAAGGAAAAAGAAAAGGAGGAAACUAAAGAGGUUUCUCGGGAAAGUGAGGAAAAGAAGGAAGUUGAAGAGAACGAAGAGGAGGAGGAAAAGGAAGACAACGAAGAGAACAGAGAGAAAGGUGCUAAGAAGGGAGAAGAUAGUAGUCGAAAGCGAAGCUCCAGGAAACCCAAUCGAGGUUCAGCUGAGAAGAAAGAGCCUAUGACACCCAGUAGUGAUAGGCCUACAAGGGAAAGGAAAGUCGUUGAAAGGUACUCGGUUCCAUCUGUUGCUAGGUCUUCCACUCCCAAACCUUUGUCAAUUGAAAAGGGUGCUGGUACACAGCUUAAAGAUAUUCCAAAUGUGGCUUUCAAGUUGUCGAAGAGAAAAUAUGAUGAUAAUCUGCAGCUUCUCCAUAUGAUACUCUUUGGAAAGAAAGCAAAGCCUCAAAGAUUGAAGAGAAACAUUGGCCAAUUUUCAGGCUAUGUUUGGGUUGAGAAUGAGCAGGAAAAACAAAAGGCAAAAGUAAAGGAAAAAAUUGACAAAUGUGUUAAAGAAAAAUUAGUUGAUUUCUGUGAUUUGCUGAAUAUUCCAAUCAUGAGAACCACUGUAAGAAAGGAGGAACUCUCUGCCAAAUUGUUGGAAUUUCUGGAAUCUCCCUGUGCUACAACUGACAUUCUGCUUGCUGAAAAGGAACAGAAGGGUAAAAAGCGUAAAGCUACACCAAGCAAAAACAUUGCUUCUGGUGAAACAUCAGAGAAAUCAGCCAAGAAGCGACAAAGCACACCCCAAGGUGGGGAAAAACGUAAGCGUUCAUCCAAAGUUGAGGAAAAAGAUGAAGAUGUUGAAUCCCCUGUCAGUGAAGAUGAUUCUCAUGAGGAUGAUGUUGACACUACAGUCAAAGAAGAGAGUGAUGACGAAGAGACUAACUCAAAGGAAGAAGAAGACGCACCCAAGAAGUCAAGCAAUAAAAGUACCUCCAAAAAGAUUGCAAUGGAUCGUCCAGAUUCAAAACUUAAGGAGACAUCAGCAUCUGGAAAGAAGCUUACCUCUGCAAAAUCUAGCAGAAAAUCUUCUGUUUCAACUUCAAAACAGGGUGCUAGUGAUGGUGAUAGGACUCCAGGCUCUAAAUUAAAGGGUUCUGCAUCAAAAAAGCAAAAGGUUGGAAAGGAAGGCUCUAUUGAUGUUAAAUUGUCCACCAAAAGCGAGGUUCCUGGCAAGAAGCAAACGAACAAAUCACCAGCAAAGGUUUCUACCAAGACUCAAGCGACAGGUAAAGGAAAAAGCAGCAAGAAGCCUAAAGCUGAGCCUAGCAGGGAAGAGAUAAAUGAAGUAGUGGUAGAUAUUCUAAAAAAAGUGGACUUCAACACUGCAACAUUAUCGGAUAUUCUUCGGCAACUUGGUACGCACUUUGAUCUGGAUUUGAUUCACAGAAAAGCUGAGGUGAAGGAUAUUAUUACUGAAGCAAUAAAUAACAUGUCUGAUGACGAAGAAGGGGAGGAAAGUGAGGAGAAUGCUGAUACAGGUGAGGGUGUGGAUAAAGAUGGGAAUGGGAACGAUGAUACUUGAGGAAUUACAUAUCACCAUGUCGAACGUGUGAGAUAUCUGCAGUCAUUGGUAAUUUAUCACCCUCCAUUGUUUUCUUGCUAGUCUCAUACAGUUAUAAAAUUGUAGUCAUUUUAGAUGUUCAAAUAGGUGGGGUUGUAGCAUGAGUUACCGACUCAUUUUGUAUUUAACUUAUAUUGUUGGUCUGGCCUCAACUUACAUGACCUUUUAGUUUUUUUUUUUUUUCAUCUGUACUUUCUUCAUUGAAAUUGUUCGAGUUGUAUUUAGUUGUGUAGUUAGUUAGGCAGUGAAUGCUUUAGUAGAAUGUGUUGGGAUGAAACUAUAGUUGUACCAGUCUUGCCUCACUCCAUUGGUCGAAAACGAUUACUACCUAGUAUUUUGAUAGUAGGAUGAUAUGUAUGUACCCGUUAUGACAUUAAACAGUUCUAAUGUAUCUUUUGUUAUAUUGGUUU